AUGUCACAUCCUCUCCAGGAGUUCUCGCCGUCGCAGCUCAAUAAACGACGUCAGGCGUCCAUCUUCGACUUUGGAGCCACAAAAAAACGACGUCACGAAUAUCCUCCUAGCCCGCCUUCAAGUUCGCCUAUCAAGAGAACAGACGACUACACCUCCGCCGAGUUCAGCACGCUUGAAAAAAGCCCUGUUCCAUUUGAAAUCGCUGUCUGUCUGCCUUCUCACCUGAGAUCUGGCAUCAACAGUCUCUCUCACAAUGCAUCUUUUCUGUCUCGUCUUCAGUGGCGCGAAAUGGACGGUCUCAGACGCCAUAUCAUGACCCAGAAUCCCAUACCCCAUAGAUACGCCCAGGCAACGGGAAUAGCCGUGGCCAUCGAAGAUUGUCCUCUUCCUGUCCUUUGCGGCGUUUCUUCCAGCUCAACAAAUGGCUUUUGGAUCGGAACCCAAGACGGCAAAGCAGUCAAUGUCAACAAACAGCUGCAACAUGUCAACACCAUUCAGAUGCACAAUAACGCCAUUCUCGAUAUGAGUACUGGGGCUGGACUGCCUGAUUUCCUGGCCACCGCUUCGGGAGACAAAUCUGUCAUUCUGUGGGAAACUGCUCAGAAUGAAGACGUCAUUGUCAGACAGUAUUUCUGUGGAAACGGAGGUUCAGUCCGAAAAGUGGCCUCUCAUGACUCUGCGCAGCUACUGGCAGCCGCGUCUCGGUCGGGAUCCGUGACCGUCAUUGAUGCUCGUUCUGAAGAACCCAUUAUGAAUCUCCACGCUAAUGCCCAUCAUACUCUGUUUGGCAAGGGACCUCGACUAACCAAGAUCGAGAAGGCCGUCAAGCCCGGUCUUACGGCCAUCGACUGGAUCACAGACACUACUCUGGCUACAGCUUGCGGUACUGACUCUGAAAUUCGAAUCUGGGACACCCGGUACCUUAAACAAGAUGGUCACAGUGGAAUCAUGUUCGUGGAGGGGAGAGCGUCCAAACCCGUGGCUCUGUUCAAAAGCGAAGAGAAGAGCGGGGUCACCGACCUGCACUACGAUAAGCAGUCCAAUAUUCUGUACUCUGUGGGUCACAAGUCCGUGUGUGGCUACAGUUGUAACUAUGGUGCUUAUCUGGGCAUGGACACAGUUCUCAGUCCGAAUCUGGACUCGUGGCAACCUCCUGUGGUUUCUGCACCUGUAGAAGCCCGGUCAUUUUACUCUGGAUCUGCCAUUACUGACGGCUAUCUUGCCGUCGGGGAAGGAUCUGAGACUGUCAACGUUUUCUCUCUUCCUGACAGUCUCUCUACUGUGUCUCGAGGCAUGGAGGGACGACGGGUCGCAGCGGACGCGUCUGGAAGCAUGACCAACGUGAAUGGAGCCAUGGAGGUGGCAGCUCUCAGUUGGGUGGAUGGAACACUAAUGGGGUGCACCGACGCCGGAGUCGUUUUCCGUGUUGACGAAAAAGAUUACAGAUAG